UAUGUCAAUCCGAAUGAAUCUGAGGAUUUCAGCUAUGUCCCUUCACGAACGUUUUGUAAAAUUACAAGCUACGUAGGGUGUAAACAUGGAGUACAACGCCAUUCCACUCCAACAGUAAAAUGGCAUCCGUAAGGGGAUUAUGACGGCUGAAUCCGUCAUUUUCAAGUUCGCACCGUCGUUGGAAAUAAAUAAUUAUUUUUGAGGAGAUUUCGGUUAUUCUACUUGUGUCGCCAGGAUGGAAGAGGAAACACAACCAGGACUUGCGCCACAAAGCGAGGAGAAUGUUGAUGUUGGUGAUCCUGAUGCUGUGUCGGUGGCGACAUCUAUUGGUAGUGACUUCAACUCCUCUCAAUCUCAGUGGGCGCUGGUACCACAGAACACUCUCAUCACUUUCCACACCCUGCCAUUCAACUUGGAGCAGAUAGAUGGUGCCACUGACAUUGAAUCCAUUGAACAAAGUAGCCACAUAACAGCUAUUGAGGAUGUUGCUCCCAAACUGGAAGAGUCUCUAGUUGCUCAAAAUGUCAUCGAUGCCCAGAUCGAUGGUCAAGGUCAUUUCCCAGGCAACACGGUUGUGGACGAUGUUGUUGGAGUGCCUGCAGCAACCUUCUCAGCAGUGGUGGAGGAGGCAUUGGUCAAAGGAUCAGUGGAGACAUCGGUUCAGGUGCAGCUUCAAGCAGGAACUUCAGACACUCGGACUGAACAAACAAGUCUGAACAGGGAAGAGUUCACUCCGGAGAUUUUCUGUCAAGUAUCAGCGACCCUGUCCGCUGCACUGCUGCAUGCUAUACCUGGCAGUCACUCAGUGCUGCUUGACGAGGUGCAGGCCGAUGUCCGAACACACCUCAACAUUGACAGGGAGAAGGACUACACCAUCAUCGGCAACGUCAGCAUGCUGGUCCGAGUUUACAACAAACUGCAGGCCAUGAUGCCCUUCUGUUCAAAAACUAGAUUAGAAUUUGUUGAUGACAACAAAGAAGACAGCUCUGCUGCAAGUGAUGUGAAGGUGGAGCAGAACAGCAAGGGCACCAUCUGUAACCUGUUGGUGCCGCUGGUGUCGUCCCACGGGCGGGAAGUCCACCAGCCCCUCCGCUACAGUGGCUGUGUGCAGCUCGGGGACAUGGACCAGGAGGACGAGGAAUACAAGCCUCGGCGAACAAAGCGCAACAGGAAGAUGCUGCAUCCCAGGAGGGUUCCCAAGCCCCAGGUGGACAAGGUGAAGGUCACCAGCAGUGAAGUAGGAGCAGGGGCAACUACUGCAAAUGAUGCAGAUGAAUUACGAAUACAGGAAAGAGCGAAAAGCAGGAGGAAAUACGAGCUGAGAACACCAUUCAAAUACUUUUGCAAGAUUUGUUCUUUCAAGACCAAGCGAGAGAGUCACCUGGGCAAGCACAUGCUUCUGCAUGAGAAGAACACACGGUUGUACCCAUGCAGUCAGUGUAACUUCAUUGCCAUCCGCUACAGCGUCAUGCGCAGACACGAGAUCACCCACAGCGGACAGGGUCACAAGUGUGAACAGUGUCCGUACAAGGCAGAUAACGCCAAGUUAGUCCUGAAACACAAGAGGCUGAAACACACACCCAAGAAAUCUGCCCAUCUCAAGUGCCCUGAGUGUAACUAUAGAACCAGCCAGGAUUCUUUGAUGGCACGCCAUAUUCAGAUACAUUUGACGACCGGUGAACUCGAAGGGUUGAAGCUGAGCUAUCCAUGCCCUGACUGUGAUUAUUUGACAUAUCGUAAAGAGCACUAUCUGCGGCAUCGAGCUAAUGUCCAUGGUAACAGUCGGCCUUAUUUGUGUGAUCUGUGUGGAAUGGCCUUCAAGCGUCCGGACACUCUUGCACAACAUAAACUGACUCAUCAGGAUCGUAAAGACAGAAACUUUUCUUUCCAUUGUAAGCAGUGUGAGAAAGGCUUCAGAUCUCAGUCUCACCUGGCCGAACACCUGACCAUGCACUCAACCGAGCGACCAUACCUCUGUGAUCACUGUGGAGCUUCCUUCAAGACUCAGAACGUACAGAAGAAGCACAUCCAGACAAUUCAUGUGAAUCCCCGAUCCUUCGGCUGUGAUAAGUGUAGCAAACGCUUCAACACUAAGUACGCUCUGCGACGCCACGUUCGAACUCACGACACCCAAGGCAUGCGUGAGAUGCAGAACCUGGCCGUAGAGCAGCUAACCACAGUGGACGCAGAUGCUCUGCAGACUGUUCACACUGUCACGGAGCAGCCCACUCUAGUCCAAGAUGUUAUCAGUGCUUCAAUGGAGGAACACUACGACCAAUCGACUGACGGUCUUCGGCAGGCUUACAGCGUCAUGCCAAACAAUGAGACCACUACGGCUCUAUUAUACCUUACCAGCAACCUUCAGCUGGACUGAUUAUUUCCCUGGGGUAUUCGUGCUUGUGGGUGUGGUACUGUUUUGCUUCACGGUGUGAAACUGGGUGUGUAGCAGCACAUGGUAUUAUUUGAUGUGUAUUAAGGAGUCGGGUUGUGAUCAUAUACAGGAGUUCAAUCUCAUUAGAAUCAAAUGAUUAUUUUGCUGCUACUCAUCUCUGCAUCUCACAGAAACAAGUCAGCAUUGAACAUGUAAUUAUUCUGUAUGGAUAAGCAUAUCUUAUUUCUCUUGUUUUGAAAGGGCAUUGGGGUAGCCCAUUGUUUAAAGUGUUCACUCAUCACACCAAAGACCCGGGUUCAGUUCCCCACAUGGGUACAAUGUGUGAAGUCCAUUUCUGCUGUCCCCCGCUGUAAUAUUGCUGGAAUAUUGCUAAAAGCGGCGUAAAAGUAAACUCACUCACUCUUGUUUGGAAAAUGAACAAAAACGGGCAGUUCCAAAUGCCAAAUAAUAAAGGUAUCAGUAUUA